CUCCCUCUUUUUUUCUUCUUCUUUUUUUUUUAUCACUCUCUUAUUCUAUUUACUACUCUUUUUGUUGAUGUCAAGAUGAAAAUUAGAGAUCUCGGUCAAGAAAUCCCUGGAUUGAUUCUCAUUGAUGAUUUUGUGACGGAAAAAGAAGAAGCAGAACUUGUGGAUCAAGUCAAUCAACGUCCAUGGAGUGGAUUAGGUCAAGGACCAAAUCCUGAACUCAAAAGACGAACACAACAAUAUGGUCAUUUGUUUAGUUAUCGAUACCGGAAAGUACUGGAAGAAUAUGGACCAUUACCAUCGUUUAUUGAUCCAGUAGUACAACGCAUCAUGUCACACCAACUUAUGCCAGAAAGUCCAAAUCAUUUACUAGUUAACGAAUAUAACGAAGGUCAAGGCAUUAUGCCUCAUAUAGAUGCUCCUGCGUUAUUUGGUCCAGCUAUCUUAUCCUUGUCUUUAUUAUCAGCUUGUCUUAUGAAAUUUACUCAUGCCACAACUGGUCAUAGUAUUGAUGUCAUACUACCUCGUCGAUCUAUGGUGGUACUGACAGGUAAUGCUAGGUACAAUUAUAAACAUGGUAUUUCCAAGGACUUGGUGGAAACAGCAUUGGAUGGGACAAUCAUUCAACGUGCACAAAGAAUUUCAUUCACUUUUAGACAAAUCAUUGCUUGGGAAGUUCCUCCAGAAGCAGAUGGAUGUGGAUGCCAUAGCAACAAGGAUGACAAGAAAUCUAUAGAUUAGAUAUAUAUAUAUAUAAGCUUAGAAUAGAAAACCCAUGUUUUUCAUAGAGUUUUACAUAUUCGAAUAAUAAUAAAAAAAGACAUUUUUUAUACCAAC